AUGAUGUGGAAAACCACAGCGCUCGCAGUGUGUCUGCUGCUGGCUGGAGUAAAGGCACUGGACGGCCCCUCAUAUGGAGUGAAAUUAUGUGGCCGGGAGUUCAUCCGCGCAGUCAUCUUCACCUGCGGAGGCUCUCGAUGGAAACGCUCCUUAACAAACACAGAUGAAAUACUGGACUUAUUCAACACGUAUGACAAUAAUGCUGCAGAUACCUCUGUGCUGUACGCCGGUGCAGCAACAUCCUCCCAGCAUGCAUCUGACUCAAAUCUUCCAUCACUGGCACAAGGUGAACAGGAAGGUGGCGUGUUCAGCAGGCCUGCACGUGCUCUCAUUUCAGAGGAGGUGCUUGAAGCGUUGCGCACCGUUGACAGAAAGGGCCGCGAUGUGGUGGUGGGACUGUCCAACGCCUGCUGCAAGUGGGGCUGCAGCAAAGGAGAAAUCAGCUCCCUUUGCUAAGACUAACCUUCUCUAUGGCAUGAGUGAAUAUGUGUGCGUGUGUCUCUUUUGAAUGUUUCUGUCUCUGUUCAUUGUGCUUGAGGAACCUAAAUUGUUUGCAUUGAGCUCUCAUGUUGCAGUUAAUUUAAAUAGUGAUUUUACAUUGCUAGAUGUUGUAAUGUAAUAAGUUCAUUUUUGUAUUCCAUUCAGUGUGUUCAGUUUUUAAUCUUUACCCAGGAUAUAUUUCAAUCUUGAAUAAAGAUGAUUAUUUGCAUUAA